GAGGCUUUCUGACACUGACUGCAGAGCUAAUAAUAUAUAAUGAGAAGAGAGAGGAGGGGUGAGGGGGCGGGUUACACUGAGCUGGUAACAAGGGUAUAAAAGAGCCAGGGCGAAAAGACAACAAAGUAUGCAACGCACCAACUUGUUCAGAGACCAGACUGCAAACAUACAGAAUGUCUCGGCCAGAGGUUAAGAAGAAGAAGAGGCAAGUUGUGAAGGAGGAGGACCUGAAAGGAGCCCGCAGUAAACUGGGGCUAAAGGGAGAGGUCAAGAGCAAAACAUACGAGGUCAUGGUUGAGUGUGAGCGCAUGGGGAAGGUGGCGCCGUCUGUUUUCAGUGGAGUACGAUCUGGAAGCGAGACAGUGCUUGAGAAACCCAAGCCUCCAUCAGGAAGCGUGUUUGGCAAAUGAGUGCAGAAUGCAUGAAUGGACUCUGGGUUUGAAAUGUUUGUGAGCACAUAGCUUUUGGCAUCCACAUCUUGAAUUAAUAGACUGUAAUGUGGAUAAUUAUGUUACAUAUUUGAAAGUAUUAGUGUGUGUUUUUUAUACUGUUUGCUGUUGCCAUUUUUAUCACGUUGCACCUAAAAAACCUUGUGUGCCAGUUUCUAGUCUCGUGUUUUCUACAUAAAAAAUUAGCUAAAUGUAUCUCCGAGUCACCAAGUAUGAUUUCUCUGUCAUGCGGCAUACAAACAAGUCUUAUUUCAAACCAUGUGAGCAAAUAUUACAUCACACAAUAGUGAUUUAAUGAAAUUGUUGACUGUGCAAAUUUGAGGAAGGAGGGUGGAGUACAAAUGAAAAUAGAAGCUCAUUAAAUAGUCUAAGAUUUCAUUUUCAAGUUUUGGUUGAUAUUCUAUAUUGAUGACUGUUCAGUACAUCCAUGAGACUGUUUUAACAUCAUACUCAAAUGUGUCAUCACUAAAGUUGCAUGGUGUUAUGUCGGGUAUUUUCCCAUCAGCUGAUAAAGUGACAAAACAUCUUGAAAGAAAAGAAAUCCAGCUGUAAAUGAAUUUAUCCAACAUUUUGUUAU